UUUCAUUUUUAGCUGUGUUCUUUUGACGGAGCGGCUUCAGCAGAGUUUCAAGAGGAUGAAACAUGGACAUCAGACACAUUGACGCGUGUCCACAGGGUUGUGCAGCGAUGUAGUUUUUUUGGUUUAUAUUUCAAUGUGUAUUUUGUUAUUUUAUUUCUAGGUCAUUGACCAUUAUUUGUGUGCAAUAAAUAAAGCCUGUUUGUACUUGUUGUAACGUAAUUAAUAACUAUAAGUCUUGCUUCCGCUUCAAAUGACAGGGCUGCUGAAAGGAAUUUUUUGGGAUCCCGCAUGAUGGUAUAAAUACAAACUCUGACCGCUAGAGCACUAGAGUUGCUAAUAACGAGGAAAAGCAGGCGAAGAAGAAAAAGCUGCGCAGAAACCUGCGCAGUCUACGUUUCUUUACUUACCAAUGAUGGAGGCGAAUGUUUUGAUGGAGUCUAGGGACUAACUAACGUAAAGCUAAAUUUGUUGCCGAAACAUUAUGCCGAGAUCGCCGUUUUGUUGUGUGAAAUGUAUAAGUAGGAGAUGAAAUAGUCGACAUCGUUUUAGGUGAAAAAACACAUCGCAGACGAAUUUAUUUCGAUUAAGCAGGAAAGGAUCAGCUGGCUAAAGAGGCUGGUUUUAGCGGCCUAGCUUACGUUAACUGUGUAGUUAGAAUGGGACAGUCUUUCAUUUAAGCAGCGUUUUAUGUAGUUUUUUUAGCCGUCUGCGAAUUUAUGACCCUGCAAAACCCUCUCAAUAUUUUUAUUAUCGCUGUGGCUGUAAGUAUAAAGUGUUACAGUACCUUUAUUCAAAGUUAAGCCGUCGGAAAGCCAACGUGAGCUUUUUGGAAGCAAAUCGAGGAAAAGUAAUUAUCCAUGUCCAGGAUCUACUGUAGAUCAACAGUCUUUGAUAACACCCACAAACAUGUCUUUAGUCGCCUAUGGCAGCAGUGAUGAGAGUGACUCAGAAGAAACCUCGACCUCUCCCGCUCCGCAGAGCAAACCAAGUGCAGGAGGCCUCUUCUCUCUUUUACCUGCCCCUAAAAAGACUGCAUCUGUAGGAAGAAACGUUAGCGCAAGUAGGGAGACGAAAGCAAACCCUGCACUAGGGGACCGCACGUCAAACGAUGAGUCAGAAUCCCAGCUGUCUAAAGGAGGUUUAUUUUCCAGUCUGCCUAAGCCGAGGAAGCGAACAGAGCCUGUUAAGAUCACUGUGCCUCUGAUCCAGAGACAGGAUUCAGACUCUGAUGAUGAUGAACCAACAAAAAAGAAAGUGCAUCAGGCUGCAGGUUCAGGUCUGUCUUCCCUUCUACCCCAACCCAAAAACCUGACAGUGAAGGAGAUUGACAGACCCUUGAUUCCUCACACACUCACCAAACGUCAAGAACCCAAAGGACCCAAGCCCGGAAAGCCAGCUCAGGGUCUGCUUGGUUCUAGUGCAUCUCCCUCUGCUAUCAAAGCUGCUGCAAAGUCAGCGGCCCUGCAGGUGGCUAGACAGAUGGCUGCUGAUGACCAGGAUAACGAAGACGAUAUUACACCACAGAACUACUUUUCUCUAGGUGAAAGCUCCAACCCUGUUCCUGCAGUUGUCCCAAAUUUAGAUCCUGAGCCAGUAGCCCCUGCAGAACCCGCCCCUUUCACAGCUCCUGAUGAGCCUGGUCAGUCAGAUGCUCCUCUUGACUUUCGGGGGAACCAAGAUGGAGCUGGACCUUGGGGAGGUCAAUAUUCACAGUAUCAGCAGCCCACGACAGCCCCAGACGCAUUUCCUCAGGAAUACUACAAUGAAGAAUAUUACCAAGAUCCAGACCCUGGAAUGGCAGACGCUGAGGAGCCUGGCCAGUCUGCCAUGUUUGAUGAUGAAGCGUUCAUGCGGCUGCAGGGGAAAAGAAACAGAGGCAAAGAGGAGGUAAAGUUUCUGGAGAUUAAAGGGGAUGACCAGCUUGUUGGCAACAAGCAGUGGAUGACCAAAAACAUGACAGAAGAGAAGCAGAACCGCCAGUCCUUCAGCAAGAGAAGAGGGGGACAGCCUACGGGGCAGCAGCGGCGCAAACACCAGAUUACAUAUCUCAUUCACCAGGCAAAGGAACGUGAGCUAGAGCUGAAGAAUAGCUGGGCGGAGAACAAGCUAACCCGUCGGCAGACCCAGGCCAAAUACGGUUUUUAAAUGUCAGGUUUAAGGCCUCCUGGUGACUCGUGGAAACCCUGCAUUAGAAAAUAGAGUAAAUACAUACCUACACACGAUAAUACAGGUCCUGUCCUCCUUGUUUUUAAUUUGUGUUGAAUUGUUAAUAUUCAGUAGUUGUUUUGGUCCAUUGUCUGAUAAGGCUAAACUCCAAGAAACUCUCCUUUUGCAGUAAUUUUACUUUACUGGCUAAACUAUACCUACAUAUAACAAUGUAACCGUGGUUUACCUCUUGCCAGUUAGUGGCAGAGAGGACAUAAAGUGACCCUGAUGUGACAAAUAUGUUUAUUUUCUUUAAAUGUGAAUACUUUCUUUUGUUGUGAGUUUUUUUUGGAAUGAGGACAACCUGCCACUGUAAGAAUUUGGUUCUCUGGCAAUGAAACAAAUGACUAAUUGCUCUUGACAGACUUGACAAAAUAACGAAAGAUAUUACAAAGCUGUUGUUGAAUUGACUUUUUUUGUAUAAAAAAAUAAACACAUCACAAAAAUUAA